AUGAAGAGGUCUGAUCACUACAUAGAGAAUAAAGACCCUUAUUAAUCAGCUUCUCAGCAUCAUUUAACGAAAAGUUCUCAUCGUAAAAAGAAAGAAAAUCAUGAUACCAUGACCAAGAAGAUUAGAUUUAUUGAAGAGAGCAGAGGGAAUAGCACUAGGGCUACUUUACUGGAUACCAAAAGUACGAGACACAACGAAAGCAAAGCUAGUAUCAAAACAUAACAAUCUAUAAAAUAUACUAAUAACUCAGGAACUGCACACUCGCCUAAUGAAUCUACCUAAAGCGAAUGUAACGAUCAUUACUUGAUGUAGCAGUAUAACAAACUGAAAAAGGAGCUCAAUCAAUUGAGGAAGUCACACAGCAGGGAAAGCCGCUCAAUUAAGGACCUAAGCUCAAUUAAAACUGAAAAAUAACAAAAAAGUAGAAAGUAAAAUCAUCAUGCUCACAUCAACAGCAAUCACUCUAAUAAUUCAUAGUCUGUUCAUCCAUUCACAGUAAAAAGACAUAGCAUUGAUUUAUCAGCAUUUUCAAAUGACAAUGAAUCUCAUAGAUCGAAAAGUAAAAAGCAUAAAGGAGAUCGGGAGAAGAGAAAAUCUCAAAAGAGAGUUGCUUAGUCAUCAUAAACUAAUGAUGUUGUAGAGCUACAUAUUUAUUUGCAGGAUUAAAAAUCUGAAUAGAAUAAAUAAAAAUCUCAUUUGAAUCAAAUCUUACAACACAACAUGAUGCCUGCACCAGAUAUUAAUCUUUUCUAAUAUCAAUCCUAUUACUAAAAUCCAAUGCUGGUAAAUUAGAUACCAAGAUUCUCAGCUAAUUCAAUUUAUUCCUUUGACAAUAGCAUGGCUGGGUUUUAUUCUUAAAGAUCAGGAGGUGCUCCUAACUUUCCCAUGUUGCAUAAUCGAAUCGAAAGUGUUCCUCACAUGGUACCCCCUUUAAACCUUAAUUUUUUCAAUGAUAAGACUAAUUCAUAUAUUAACAGUGACAGAAACUACUCAAAUGCAAUGCUAAAUAAAAUACACAGCUCAUUAGAUCAUAGUGAAAGCACACAGAUGAAGUCAAGUAAGAGUCUUAAGAGGAGAGAAUAAGAUAAAGAAAACAAUGAGUAUAAAAAAGAAAAGAGGAGGAGCAAGAAGAGAGGAAUUAGAACUGAAAAUCACUCAGUUUAAUGCUCAGAUGUGAAGCUGGCUUUCUAGAAUACAGAGAUAAAAACAUUGAUAAAGCCAGACUCUUAAUAUAUUCAAGAAAAGAUAUCUGUAACUAGUUCUCACCAAGAGCUGAAAUUUGAAAUCGUAAAAGAUGAUCAACAUCAAGCUGGAAGAUGCAAUUAAGAAAUCUGCGAGGGGUCUCAUAGGUUUCUAACUCAAUCUAUUCAUUAAAGAAAAUUCUCCUACAUAAUUGCUGAGAAUGUUCUUGAAAGUCCAAAUGAAAGAGAAUUUAGAGAUGGGAAAAACAACAAUAUCUGGGGACUAAAAGAAAUGGACCUCAGGGAUAAGCCAGAACAUAAUUUUUCAUCUGAAAUAGAUCCUUGCAAAAACUGUUCUAAUUGUCUAAAGCUUUAAAAAGAGAUUCUAAGACAACAAUAGUAUUUGAUGCAGGAUUCCUAGAAUACGAUGAAGAGUAACGACCUUCAAAACAUCUUGAGUCAAAUUGAUAGGAAUUAGUCUCAAACCUAUUAUCCUGAAGUAGUUAUAGUCAAUGAUAAUGAUUCAGAUGGCAACUUUGAUAUUUCACUUGAUGAAGUAGCGAAUGAAAGAGAUUCGAUAAGACUACAAUUAGAUUUUAAUUGUAACGAGUAGGAGGAGAUGAACGAAAGAAGGGAUAAAACCAAGAGCAGGAUUCAAAUGUGCAGAUCAAAUAGCUAUCUAGUAAGAAACAUGCACAGACUUUCAAAUCCAUUCAAAAGAUGA